UUUAACUUUUAAGUAUUUGUAAAUACAUCAAUAUACCUUUAGGUUUACGUUCAAGGGGCUUGCCUUGUUUACAGUUCAUUUGGAAGUUAUUUAAAGUUGAAGUAUCCAAGAAUAUUCGGUGCAGCUAGUCUUCAAAAAUUUAACCAUGACGGGCCCUCAGACAAUCGUAGUUUAUGGCUUGAUUGGCAUUCUGAUCAUAGUCAUAAUAAUCAUUUCUAUUAUUCUGAUCGUCGGACUGUAUAUUAAUGAUCCAAAUCGUAGCACAACUGCAAAUGUGACAACAACUGAGGAAGACUGGAAAACUUCUUGAGCGGAAGUAUUGCACGUGUACUUUUUUUCUGAAUUUGAAUUCUUUUGUUUUUCGUGAACAGAUUAAAAGUAUUAUAUAUAUCGGCAAAUUCGAUGUUUUACCAAAUAUGGACAGUAAUCAUGUGCCAUUAAGGGUGUGUGCUGGGCAAUGAUGCGCUGCAGCAAGUUCUCAGCAACAGCAUCGCCCAGCUGGCGGCGGCCACCAACGAUGUUAUGUGGAAGCAGCUCAACAGCCAAGUGCUCCUCAAGACCCGCACCCCAACGCCCGAAGUGCGGAUUUUGGCCUUCAACAGCUGCGUGGCUAUCGCCCGCAAGCUGGGAGAGAGUUACGCACCCCUUCUGCCGGAGACAGUUCCCUUCAUCGCCGAACUGCUGGAGGAUGAGCACCAGCGCGUGGAGAAGAACACGCGCAGUGCGGUGCAGGAGCUGGAGACCAUUCUUGGCGAGCCGGUGCAAAAGUAUCUGUAGUUAUGAAAGUGUUUAUAGCAACUAUAAAGUGUUAACUAUAUAUUAUUAUAUGAUCAAAUAAAAAUGUUCUUGUAAUUUUCAAAAA